AUGCGACCGGCAUGGUCUCAUAGUCGCGCAUUGAGGCGUGGCCGGCCGCAAUGGCUCUUCCACCACACCGCGCUGGCCAGCAGCACGAGGAGCUUCACCGCGGCGGUCGUCGGCGGGGGUAUCACAGGUCUCACUGCUGCGUACCACCUCUCUCAGGAUCGAAAAUGCGAGAAGGUCACGCUGUUCGAGCGAUCGGACUCUCUGGGAGGUUGGUUGCAGUCUGAACGGGUUUCUGUCGCGGAUGGGGAUGUCGUCUUCGAGUACGGGCCGCGGACCUUGCGGGCGUCGGUUCCGGACUGUGUGCCUUUGCUUGACCUUAUCCACCAGCUCGGUCUUCAGGAUGAGGUCCUCACGACGGGCAAGAACACCCCCGCAGCGACGAACCGGUUCAUUUACUACCCAGACCAUCUGGUUCGACUUCCAGGGAGGAUACCCGGGGCAGGGAUAUUCAACGAGAUUUUAUAUAAUGCCAAGUCGUUGAUGGAGCCCCUCUUCCAAGGGUCUCUAUCGGCUGUGUUGUGGGAACACACGAAACCGAUCCGUCCGAGAACGAGUUUCGAGGAUCCAGACGAGUCCAUCACACAAUUCCUGUCUCGCAGGUUCUCUCCACAGCUGGCGGAUAAUCUUGCUUCGGCGGUGUUUCAUGGUAUCUACGCGGGGUGUAUCGACCGGCUGAGUGCGGAAGCUGUACUCGGCCCGCUGCGCGCCUUGGAAGCCGAUGAGAAGUAUGGAGGGAUCGGGGUGUUGCGGACCAUGUUGAAGAUGGCGAAUGAAAACAAGUCGCUAAUUACUCUGGAUAAAGUUCUGGCCACACACCUAAUAGCCUUGACCAGGCCGGAUGGCUAUCUCACCCAUCUGCGGCAGUUUGCCAAGGGUGUGAGCGUCUUCACACUGACGAAUGGUGUUGGGCAACUUACCGAUGCCUUGGUUGCUGCUCUGGAGGAAUCCCCCAAAGCGAGUGUCGUCACGGGGGCAGAGGUGAAGGCAAUCGGUCGGACACCAGGGUCUUCUGAUUUGACCAUUACUUGUGCCGGAGAGAAGCCAACGGUAUUCAACCGCGUCAUUGCUACCAAUUCCGCGCCGUCGCUAGCGACACAGCUCGAAAUGGGCGCCAAAGCAGGCGGCCAGCGCCCUCAGAAAAGCAUCGGGUACCUCAAGAAGCACGACUACGCCGUGACGGUGAUGGUGGUCAACCUGUACUAUGAUCAGCCGGAUCUAGUGCCCGUGAACGGGUUUGGGUACCUGAUCCCCCGGAGCAUUCCGUACGAGCAGAACCCCGAACGAGCCCUAGGGGUGAUCUUCGGGUCAGACUCGAGCGCCGGGCAGGACACGGCGCCGGGCACCAAACUGACCGUCAUGAUGGGCGGGCACUGGUGGGACGGCUGGCAGGACUCGGAUUAUCCCGACCACGAUUCCGCGGUGCAGAUGGCGCGGUCCUUGCUUGAACGGCAUUUGGGGAUCACUGAUGCCCCCGCCGUGGCACGCUCGAGGCUCCAGAAGAACGCCAUCCCACAGUACACUGUUGGCCAUCUGGAGCGUCUGCAGAACCUAUCACAGUCACUCCGUGACGAGUUCAACAAGCGGCUCACCAUUGCCGGCAGCUGGUAUGGCGGCGUGGGUGUGACGGACUGCGUCCAGCAGGCGUACCUGGCUUCCUUGCUCGGGGUGGGCUCGACGAAAAUCGCAGCCUCCUCCAUCCCAGGGUGGGAGGGUCCCAUGCAACGACUCGACAUGGAGGGUGGAUUCGCGACGUCUCCUAUCCGGUGGUAUAACGGAGUUGUCAAUCGGUAA